GUUUGGGCCUGUGGGCCAGCCGUCGCCCCGCCCCGGCUGCGGAUUGGCCCCGGCGCGGCGCGGCGCGGCGUGGAUUCGGGCGACCUCGUGGGGCCCGGGACGCUGACGUCUCGGCGCCAGCUCCGCUGGCCGCCCAUUGGUCCAGAUCGGGACAAAUCACCCCACCCCUCGGCGGGCCGGCCCCCGCUGAGGCCCACCCAACUGUGCCGCCUUCGGGGCCGCGGAUUGGCCCGUGACGGGACCCGUCGAUCGCGCUGGUGUCUGGGAGGGAGAGAAAAUGGCGGCCGAGCCGAGCAAGACAGAGAUCCAGACCCUUUUUAAGAGGCUUCGCGCAAUUCCGACCAACAAGGCCUGCUUCGACUGUGGCGCCAAGAAUCCGAGUUGGGCCAGCAUCACGUACGGUGUGUUCUUGUGCAUUGACUGUUCCGGGGUGCAUCGCUCCCUGGGCGUCCAUCUCAGCUUCAUCAGGUCCACAGAGUUGGAUUCCAACUGGAACUGGUUCCAGCUGAGGUGUAUGCAGGUCGGCGGGAAUGCCAAUGCGACAGCCUUCUUCCGCCAACAUGGAUGCACAGCCAGUGAUGCCAACACCAAAUAUAAUAGCCGAGCUGCCCAGAUGUACCGGGAAAAGAUCCGGCAGCUGGGGAGUGCGGCCCUGGCUAGGCAUGGCACUGAUCUUUGGAUAGACAGUAUGAGUAGUGCUCCCAGUCACUCGCCAGAGAAGAAGGGCUCUGAUUUCUUCUCGGAACACACUCAACCCCCUGCCUGGAAUGCACCAGCCACGGACCCAUCAGAGACCCAGCAGCCAACCCCAUCUGCAGAGAGCAGUGGUCUGGCACAGCCGGAGCACGGCCCCAACACGGAGCUGCUUGGCACCUCACCCAAAGCUUCUCUGGAACUGAAAACCUCCCUCAUUGGCAAGAAGAAGCCAGCAGCAGCUAAGAAAGGGCUGGGUACCAAGAAAGGCCUAGGGGCCCAGAAGGUGAGCAGCCAGAGUUUCAGUGAGAUUGAGCGGCAGGCCCAGGUGGCAGAGAAGCUCCGUGAGCAGCAGGUGGCUGAUGCCAAGAAGCAGGCCGAGGAGUCCAUGGUUGCCUCCAUGCGUCUGGCCUACCAGGAGCUUCAGAUUGACCGUAAGAAGGAGGAGAAGAAGCUGCAGAAUCUGGAAGGGAAGAAGAGAGAGCAGGCAGAGAGGUUGGGCAUGGGACUGGUGUCCCGAAGUUCCGUCUCCCACUCGGUGCUGUCUGAGAUGCAGGUGAUCGAGCAGGAAACCCCAGUGAGUGCAAAAUCCUCCCGCUCACAGCUGGACUUGUUUGACGAUGUUGGUACUUUCGCCUCUGGACCCCCAAAGUACAAGGACAACCCCUUUUCCUUGGGGGAGAGUUUUGGUUCCCGCUGGGAUACAGAUGCUGCCUGGGGUAUGGACGGGAUGGAGGAGAAGGAGCCAGAAGUGACUGUCUCAAGCGUCCGGCCCAUUUCAGAAAGAGUCACAAACCGGAGGGAAGUGGAAAGCCGCAGCUCAGGCCUUGAGUCGAGUGAAGCACGACAGAAAUUUGCGGGAGCCAAAGCCAUUUCAUCUGACAUGUUCUUUGGGCGGGAGGUGGAUACUGAGCAUGAAGCCAGGUCCCGGCUACAGCGGCUCUCAGGCAGCAGCGCCAUCAGCUCUUCGGACCUCUUUGGGGACAUGGAUGGCACUCAUGGAGCAGGUAGUGUGUCUCUGGGGAACGUGCUGCCCACAGCUGACAUUGCCCAGUUUAAGCAGGGUGUCAAGUCUGUGGCCGGGAAGAUGGCCGUGCUGGCCAAUGGUGUGAUGAAUUCUUUGCAGGAUCGCUAUGGUUCCUACUGAUCCAGGCUCCAUGGCUCAGACAUAUGGUGUUGACAGCAGCAAAAACCUCAUGAUUCCUAGGCCUGGGAUGCUUGCCUUGUGGAAGCUGGGGAGGAAUUGUUAUUUUAUACCUGUGGUGUGUGAGUGGGUGGCCUUUGAGGAUCUCAGGUGAGGGAUGGGCAGUAUUAGCCCCUGACCUCUGCCUGGAGAUUGAGCCCUUUAUUCUCUUCUUCUCACACCCCCACCCCUGUGUGCUAGAUUAUUGUUAAUCCAGUCCUGCCCCCAAAGUUGCUGCUCACUUGUCCUGCCACACUGGGAGUGGAGGGGG